AUGGCCCAGACUCAGAGGCUGAAGUCUGGAGGCCGAUUCCGAGCGUCCGCUCCCCGGGGAUCUGUUUUGACCGCUUCAGGCGCCUUAACUCGACCAUCCUCGCUACAGCUCUCUAUGCGUUUCACCGAGCGGGGAGGUGAAGGGUCGCGCCCAUCGGGGGUCCGCCGGCUCGGAGGCACAGCACUCCAGGGUCCAAUCACACCUGGGGGCACACCGCUCGACCGCUCGGGGGCGCACCGCUCUGGGGCCGCCUCCCUCAGGUCGCAUCAUCGCUCGGGGCGUAGAGCUGCUGAGAAGGGCACACCGACCCAAGGACGCAUCUGCGGCCUGAAGCUGCCCUCAGGUUCAUACAGCACAGGUUGGCCUGCUGAGCAGGAACUUGAGUCAGUUCUGGGCCCAGAAAGCCCAGAAGCCGGGAAUGACACCAUCAGCUUUUGCAAUCUCCUGUUGCACAUCUUCCCACCCCUGUCCGGGGACAGCCAUAGCCGCAGGGGACUGUGGCUGGUGUCCCCCUGCGGGGACAUCCACAACCCCGGGCCGCGGCACCUCGUGGGACCGCGGAGGCCGCUGCGCGCCUGCUCGCCCUGGCUUGGCGUCGGGAAGGGCCUUUCCAGCUGCUUCCAGCGCCUCCGCCCCCCCUCAGCAGCCCUCCCGGGGGCACGUUUACAUUUGCUCUCUGGCCUUAAGCUCAGUGGCUGUUUAAUUACCGUGCGUGGCUCCGGCCUCCUGUGCGGGGUGGGGCGCGGGGCCGGGAAACAAGCCCCCCACUCACCCCUGCUCUCCGGUCAUCUCCCAGCCAUCGAGGAGUACAAGCCGCAGGAUGCCACCACCAACCCCUCCCUGAUCCUGGCCGCGGCGCAGAUGCCAGCCUACGAGGCGCUGCUGGACGAGGCCAUCGCCUACGGCAAGAGGCUGGGCGGGUCACAGGAGGAACAGAUUAAAAAUGCUAUCGAUAAGCUUUUUGUGUUGUUUGGAGCAGAAAUAUUAAAGAAGAUUCCGGGCCGCGUAUCCACAGAAGUAGAUGCCAGGUUGUCCUUUGACAAGGACGCCAUGGUGACCCGGGCCAGGCGCCUCAUCGAGCUCUACCAGGAAGCCGGGAUCAGCAAGGACCGGGUCCUUAUAAAGCUGUCGUCCACCUGGGAAGGGAUUCAGGCCGGAAAGGAGCUGGAGGAGCAGCACGGGAUCCACUGCAACAUGACGCUGCUCUUCUCCUUCGCCCAGGCCGUGGCCUGCGCGGAGGCAGGGGUGACGCUCAUCUCCCCCUUCGUGGGCCGCAUCCUCGACUGGCACGUGGCCAACACAGACAAGAAGUCCUAUGAGCCCCUGGAGGACCCCGGGGUGAAGAGCGUCACCAAGAUCUACAACUACUACAAGAAGUUUGGCUACAAGACCAUCGUCAUGGGCGCCUCCUUCCGCAACACCGGCGAGAUCAAGGCGCUGGCGGGCUGCGACUUCCUCACCAUCUCGCCCAAGCUGCUGGGGGAGCUGCUCAAGGACAACAGCAAGCUGGUUCCUGUGCUGUCGGCCAAGGCGGCCCAGGCCAGCGAGCUGGAGCAGGUGCACCUGGACGAGGCCGCCUUCCGCUGGCUGCACAACGAGGACCAGAUGGCCGUGGAGAAGCUGUCGGACGGGAUCCGCAAGUUCGCGGCUGACGCCGUGAAGCUGGAGCGGGUGCUGAAGGAACGCAUGUUCAGCGCAGAGAACGGAAAAUAGCGCAGCGCCGAGGCCGGACCGCGGAUCUGGGCCGCCUGACCAGGGCAGAGCGCGUAGGCCUCGCGAUGCGUUGUGCGUGUUUUGCCGACUGGAGCCGGGAGGGAUCAUAGAGUUUAUGUGACGUGUCGCCUAACCCAUUAACGAGACCACUGCUCUUGCUCCGGUUCGAA